AUGUCAGUGGAUGGAGUGAUAUACGGAAUACUGGCGUCGUUGGCAGUGGCUUUGAACGCAAUCUUUACAAAAACAAUACUUCCGAAAGUUGGAAACUGUCUUUGGAAACUAACAUGGUACAACAAUCUGGUCGCGCUUAUUCUUUUUAUCCCAUUGAUGUUAUUCAAUGGUGAUGUCAAAAGAGUCAUCAACGAUACGCCCGGAUGGACAUUCUGGCAAAUGCUUUUCAUUUCUGGUCUUUUUGGUUUCACGAUGAACUAUGUUACCGGGUGGCAGAUUGAGGCUACUUCACCGCUUACUCACAAUAUUUCGGCAACUGCAAAGUCGGCUGCACAAACAUUAUUAGCGGUCAUCAUCUACCAGGAACUAAAACCUUUCUCCUGGUGA